UCCAAACUGCCAACAAAACGGAAAAAUGGAGCAAAAAUCGGGUUAUUAUGAUAAACCUUAUAAUCCAAGUUUAAGUUUACAAAUUUUGCUGUUUCUUAACGUUUAUUGUGCUCCAAUGUGGUUUAUUGCGGCAAUUUUAUCGCUCUACUAUGAGUUCGAUUAUUUGUCAACAAUUCACAAGACCCUGUCGAUCCUUUCGUUGCUCCUCAUCACGCCAAUCGAAUGUUUGCGGCUCUAUCUCGGCUAUUCGGGCAACCUAAAAGACAAAAUACCCGAUUUUGCCGGUUUUUGGAUCCUGUCGACUUUUUUGCAGUUCCCCAUGCAACUUUAUUUGAGCAUUUCGGCGCCCCAAAUUCAAAAAUUUCUGCUUGCGUGGUGCAUGGAAGUUAUUACGACGGCUUUGCUUGCACUUGAGAUCGUCAUUGCCUUCUUUGCGAUCAAGGGACGGUCCAAGGAACGUGCUGAACAGUUCCAUUUGCAGCAAUUGUUGAAGUCACGAGAGACGCGAACGGCUAAAGAAAGCGCAAAAGACUAA